GAAAAUAAAAAAGGCAUAAAAAAGUCCGCAUUCUUUAUUCUUUGAUUGUCUUUAUAGUUUAUAGAGCUCUCGUCUCUUUGUGUUUCCAACUAAGAAAAUCAAAACAGAAGAAAGAAAAUAUGAGUAGUUACUACGCCCAACCACCGCCUCCCGUCGGCGUUCCUCCCCCGCAGGGUUAUCCGCCGCAAGGAUAUCCUCCGAAGGACGCUUAUCCGCCACAAGGAUAUCCACCGCAGGGUGGUUAUCCACCUGCCGGUUAUCCUCCGCAGGGAUACCCGCCUCAGCCGCCGUAUGGUCCGGCGUACGGUGGUCAUCCUCCUCCGCAAUAUCAAAAUAACCAAAAGAAAGAAGUUGGAUUCGUCGAAGGGUGUUUGGCUGCUCUUUGUUGCUGCUUUAUGUUGGAUGUUUGCUUUUGAUUAUAUUGAUGACAAAGUAUAUAAAGCUGGGGGGCUCUUUGAUUAUAUUGAUGAAUUUUAAAUCUCCAUUAUGUUCAUUUUAUCUUUUUUUGUCAGUGUGUAAUAUCCAUAUAAUAUGUUUCUAUAUCCCUCAUUUAUAUAUAUAACAUAUAUAUAUAUAUAUAUGUUAUACAUUUUUAACAUUUAAUUAUUGAUUUUUUUUGUUUUU